AUGGAAAUAGAGAAACCACAGACUGCAUACCGCUCUCCUUCGGCCUCCUCAAGAAACUCAAGCUCUGAUUCGCUGUCAGCUUCACGAAGUAGGAUAUCCUCUCUACCCUUCAACUUGCCCACACAACACUCGAAUGAACAGGUGAGGACGAGCUGUAGAGAGCUGCUCAUGGAUUACAAGGAGCUACAAUCCCAGCUGGGUAAGUUCCAGGCCAAAAGCACACAGGUGUCGAAGACAAAUCUACUUCGGCUGGUUGUUCUGAGGUUUUUACGGCUCAAGACUGAUUCUACUCUGGACCCUGAGUUCCACAAGAAGGAGAUGCGCCAGUUCGUCAACAGAACUGCCGCCUACGGUGUGAAGGUGUUGAUGGACUGGUGGAACCUACUACUGUCUGAGCUAGUUGGGGAGCGUAUGUCGAGCGCUGAGAGAAGUGUUUAUUUGGAGUGCAUUAGCCGUAUCAUGGCUAGAAAGGAAUGGAGCAUGGCACAGGCAGAAGUAUUCUCACGCCAGCUGGAAAGCACUUUGGGGUAUGCCUUCACGAGACUGUUGACGAUGAAGACCAUCUCUUUACCAGUGUCCGCUUUCAUAGGUAAACUCUUUGCCUUUUCCUACAUUCACAUUGAUGGGUUUGCCAGAAUCUUGUUGUUCACACUUUUUGUGAAGAACUUUUCAAUCCACGCAUUGAUUGAACAACUGCCAAAGCCUGUCGGUAACCGCAGAGUGAAAGUAUUCCAGAAGUGUGUGAACAGUCUCAUAGAUUAUCGAGGAGAUUAUAAGGUGGACCCCAACGAAAAGUUGGAAGUUAAUCUGGCGAGAGCAAACUGCAUGCAACCACCAGUUGAUACUUCCUUUGAAGGCUUCCAAAUCAGUGUGAAAAAUAGUCCCUGGGUGAAACGUUGGGCAGAUUACGAAUCUGAUAUCUUCUGCUCCUUCCUAAGACACUAUUUGACUCUCUGUUUUAAUGUCUAUCCUGCCAAACGUUCGGAUGAGUUAUUCCACUUCCCAGGAUUCGUCAUCAUUUACGCCCAUAUCGAACAAGUGUUCAACCAUAGUUGUAUGAGCAUUUUGAAAUUCAGACAGCAGUGUUCAAGUCCAGAUAGUAGUUCAAAGUCGAUGACUAUGGAUGCAGUUUAUGCUUCUGCUACUCAGGGGUCCGACAAAUUCAACAUUCACAAGUUCAUCAGCAAGGUGCCCAUAAUAUCAUAUUUCUCCUUACUCAGAAGUGUCAUAUAUGAAUGUGAUGAGAAUUUGGCAUCUCACGUCGUGGCAAUCUUUGAACGUCUGUUGCUUAAUAGGGCGCAGAAGAUCACUGUCUAUGCGUCAACAUCUUGUGAGGUAGUUUAUGAGUUGCUGAUGGAAUUCAUAAUAUAUUUGCAACAUGAUUCACAGAAAUUCUCAUCUUUGCUGAAUUGGAAGUUUUGGAUAUCUGGUUUGGUAAGAAUGAUUCAUACGGAUUAUAUCACAUCUCAAGGAAGGGCAUUGACGUAUUUGUUCAACAUAUGGCCAAUGAUGCCCUUGAAUCACUCUGUGGAUAAUGAAGAAUUGGAGUAUGCAGAAUGGAUAUCGAAUAGCGAUCUGACACUAAUUUACAACAUCACUUCAUACAUGAUUUCAAAGCCAAUAUGGGAGAUGCUCUUUGGUCAUUGGGAUCCACUCGUGAGACAUUUCUAUAUGAGACUGGUGGUUUUUAAGAUUAUUGGAAGCUCAAGUGAUAAUUAUGGAAGCUAUUUGAACUUCAAACAGGUGGUAAAGUCAAAUUUGGCAAUUACAUACGAUUUAUUCUCAUCAUUCAAAGAGUCAAACCCCAUGACAUUGAUUAACACAAUGGACCUUUCAGCAUCAAACCCUGUUCCCAAUAUGAAAUUCAUCAUCACAUAUAUGGACCCAAAGGCUUUGUCAUCAGCCUGUAUCGAUAUUUUGCAAUCUUUCGAAGAGUCGCGUUUCUUGCCUUCGUCAAUGUCGUCAGGGUCCUCCACAACAACGUUACUAUUACCGUCCACCAGGACGGUAUAUGCGUAUGACAUAUUUGACGAUGCUAUCUAUUCUUCAUCCCUGGGCUCUUCUGGGUCAACUACUAGACCACACGCAUCGAGCCCAUCAUCGCCUAUAUCAGCAUCGCGGUCUUCUUCUGGUACAAGUCUGGCACGUGUCCCAAUAUUGAGCAGCGCCUUAAGUUUUUUCAAAAAGGUUGGCUCAUCACAAGAGAUUAAGACGCAGAAUAACAUACCAUCAUCAUACUCCUCGCCCGUUAUUCUUCAAGAGGGGCAACCUUUAAGAACCUCACCAUACUUAUCCACCAGUUUCAGUUCUUUCCCCUCGCAUGGCAAUAUAUCAAAAUCGCCCAAUCUCAUAAAGAAAUCGCCAAGCUCAUUCUCAUCAUCAACCUCGUCUUUUUCCGAGAUAUCUGAUGAAGACUUUGAGGCUUUCCUGGUCCCAACGUCCAGAACAGUUUCCUCAUCAACAUAUUCAAGGGCAUCUUCCAAUUCAUCAUCAACUUCAAAGCUGUCACAUGCAAUCUCUAUGGAGGCACUACCCACGCCACCAGAAUUACUUACAACGAUUCCACCUCUAAAGCACUUCAGACUGAAGUUUCACCUUACAGUAUCACAACAGUCGGUUCAGUUACUUCAAAGAAUUAUAAAGAAUAAGCAAGGGGGCUUUUACAAGGAUUUGAUAAAAACACAGCUACCAGAGAAGCCUGAAUUACCAUUCGAGACAGCUAAUGGACUGUUUACCAACCAAAAUUAUGGAAUGAUGGCGUUUGCUGAGGUUGAAGAAGAUGACGAUGAGUUUUUGAUCAUACCGAGAACAAGCACCGCAUCUAGAACCGUUUCGUCCGAGGUGAGCUUCCCAAAGGUGAAGAACUACAUGCUUCUUGGUAAAUUCGUCAACGAAUGGAACCAAAUUGUUGAAGAGUAUGAAAAGUUCUCCAAGAUUGGUGCAGAUUUGCAGAGCGACGAAUACGCAUUUGUUGACCCAUUGCUAGAAUUUGGAGGACCAAACUUUAGAAAGUCCAAGGUAUCCUCAAAUGUGAUUAACUAA